AUAUCCAACAAAAGACAGGAAAUGAUACUCCACAAAACACAGGAAGUGAAAAAAAGAGAUAAAAGCAGUAAAUUCCUAGGAGAGUCUGGAGGAGGUAGAGAGGAGACAUUGCUGGAACUGAGAGAAGGGAAAAAUGCCCUGUUUAGAUCACAUGACCCAACCAAUAACGAUGGACCAAGGCCGAAGCCAGAUGACUGAGAGAAUAUUAGACCUCACCCUGGAGAUCAUCUACCUGCUGACCGGAGAGGAUUACAAAGUAGUGAAGAACAUUUCUGGUGAACCAUUAACACCCAGCAGCCGUCUUCAUGGGGCAUCAUCCAUCACAGUGCAUCCAGCUCACUGCCUGACACCUGAGAGCAAAGAAAAUAAGAUUCUAGAAGUCACUAAGAAGAUCAAUGAGCUGCUGGCAGGAGAGGUGAGCGAAUGA